AUGAAGGAUCUUGUCAUUGUCCCGCUCAAUAAGGAGCAGGUCCUGCGAGCAGGAGAAUACUGCGAGGAGUACAGUUUCCCUCUGCCGCCAAUGCUGAAGGACCAACUCCGUGUGACGGAGGAGCUUUCGAAAGAGGAGAGCAUUAUGGCCAUUUCCGCCCCCCAGUGCGCCUGGCUGAUGAGCUUUACACAAGUCUUAAGACCUGCUCGAGUGCUCGAGCUUGGGACCUUCACUGGUGUAAGCGCUCUCGCGCUUCACGAGGCCACGAGACAGACUGGGGCAGAAAUCGUGACAGUCGACCUGUCGGAGAAGUAUUUGAAGAUUGCGGAAGAUGCCUUCAAGCGACACGGUGCUACUGAUCGAAUUCGUGUCAUCAAAGGAGAUUGCCUCAAGGUGCUUCAUGAGUUGGAGGGCCAGUUUGAUUUGAUCUACAUCGAUGCUGAGGAGGAUGAGUAUGAAGCGUACAUACGCUUGAUCCUCGACCACAAGCUUCUGUCUCCGCGGGGAGCCCUCAUUGUCGAUGACACUCUCCUAGAAGGCCUGGUCUUUGACCGCUCCAUUUCAAAGAACUUCCCUGCAGAAAUUCAAGAGCCGUAUCUGGCAAUUGCCGACAGGAUGAAUCUAUUCAACCGCUUUGUUGCUUCUGACCCUCGCAUCACCGCAACCCUGAUCCCAGCCUUCAACGGCGUAACCCAGAUUAUGUGGAAGUAA